CCCUCAAUCGGCUUCCCCUUCCAACACCAGCUACCACCCAUAGCAAGAGUAAACCAAUAUUACACAUUCACCCUAAAUAAUCAAACCUUUAUUCCCUCCUCCUCUUCUUCCCCCAUCUUAAACUACUACAUCGACCACCUACCCAAUUGGCUCUCCUUCAACCAAAACAAUUUCACCUUAUCUGGAACCCCUUCUUCAAAUCACGUCUCAGAUAACAUAUUUUUCUCUUUAACUGCUUCAGAUUCUACUGGCAACAUUUCUCAAUCUUGCUCAAUUAUAGUCUCUCAAAACUCUUCUCCCCAACUAAACUCUUCUUUAUCAAUUUCAUCCCAAUUAUCAAACUAUGGUCAAACAAAUGGCCUUGAUGGCUUAAUUAUAAUACCAGGCCAAUCUUUCUCACUUUCAAUCGACCCCAAUAUUUUUUCUUCAAAUUCAUCCCUAACUUACUAUGGCAGAUAUUCAAUGAGAACUUCUCUCCCAAGCUUCAUCAACUUUGAUUCAGCCAAUUUGACCUUCUAUGGAACUGCCCCUUCAGUCAAUUCCCAAAUUGCCCCCAGUCUUGAAUACCCUCUUGUUUUAAUCGCAUCAGAUUAUGAGGGCUUUUCUGCUCUCGAAACACAAUUUAAAUUAAUCAUUGGCGCCCACCAACUAUCAACUUCAAUCAACUCCAUAAUCAACAUCCCCAUAUCCACAAACUAUUCCUUCACCUACCCAAUUCCCCUAUCCGAUAUCUAUCUUGAUAACCAGCAAAUAUCCCAUCAAAAUAUCUCUGCCAUCACUUUGCCACCAGAAACUCCCACCUGGAUUCAAAUCGAUACCGACUACAACAUCCAUGGAACUGUCCCCAAUAACCAAACUGAAAAUCUCGAUUUCAUCCUUUCGAUUUACAACAUCUACGACGACUAUAUCAAUCUCCCUUUUCAAUUAAAUGUAUCUAGCUUAUAUGAUCAUAACGAUAUCGAUAACGAUAACGAUAACGACAACCAAGAUGCUCUCAGCCGCCUCUUCACAGUCGAUUCUCUCAACAACGUCACUGCCGUCCCCGGCUCUUUUUUCACACACGCCUUGAAUGAAUCUCUUUUCACCUCCCUCUCCCAAACCCUCGUCACUGCUGAAUUUGCUUCUCAUGCUGCCUGGUUAUCUUUUCACUCUUCCAAUUUGACUUUCAACGGAAAUGUUCCCGACUCUUUUGAGUCUUUGCAAGUCCUGCUAAUAGCAUCGUUGAACACCAACUAUUUCUAUCAUAAAAGAGAUCUGUUCACCAAUCAAUUGUCUUUUACAAUUAUCAGCAAUGGUCUGGAUGUAGCCCCCAUUUCCUCUGGAACUAACUCAGAUACAAAAACAUCCUCCUCAAAUAGCUCA